AUGGUGAAACAUUACGACAUAUUAAUCAUUUCAUAUUCUCGCGAGAGGAGCGUGCGAGUGGCCGAGGCUUUGCAGCAGACGGAGGGAGAAGGCAGCAGCAUCAUGGCGGACAGAGACAGUGGAAGUGAGCAGGGAGGAGCACCGGGCCCAGGCUUCGGAUCCAUGCACUCAGCGAGCGGAGGGGCGGGCUCGGCUUCCGGCCUCCAACAUGAGACACAAGAGCUGGCGUCCAAACGAGUUGACAUCCAAAACAAGCGCUUCUAUUUGGACGUAAAGCAAAACGCAAAAGGCCGCUUCUUAAAGAUAGCAGAAGUCGGGGCCGGUGGAAACAAGAGCCGCCUCACUCUCUCUAUGUCCGUGGCAGUCGAGUUUCGAGACUAUUUGGGGGAUUUCAUCGAGCAUUACGCUCAGCUGGGACCAAGCAACCCGGGUCUGGUGCAAGACGAGCCGCGGAGAGCGCUCAAGAGCGAGUUCCUGGUGAGGGAGAAUCGAAAAUACUACAUGGAUCUGAAAGAGAACCAGAGGGGACGCUUUCUGAGGAUCCGACAGACCGUCAACCGGGGGCCUGGUUUGGGAUCCACGCAGGGCCAGACCAUCGCACUGCCUGCACAGGGACUUAUUGAGUUUCGUGACGCUUUGGCCAAACUUAUUGACGAUUACGGCGUGGAGGACGAGCCUGCGGAGUUGCCCGAAGGGUCAUCAUUGACUGUGGACAACAAGAGAUUUUUCUUCGAUGUUGGGUCCAAUAAGUAUGGAGUGUUCAUGAGGGUCAGCGAGGUGAAGCCCACGUACCGCAACUCGAUAACGGUACCCUACAAAGUAUGGUCCAAAUUUGGGAAUACAUUCUGUAAAUACGCGGAUGAGAUGAAGAAGAUACAGGAGAAACAGCGAGAGAAAAGGUCAUGUGAGCUACAGCAAGAGGAGAUGCCGGCUGAUGAUGGAGAUGACGAUUGA